AUGUUCGGGUGCAGCAGGGAGGCUGCCGGAGCGCCCCUCAGGUGGGAGCGCUGCCGGGGCAGCAUGCGGAGCCCCGGGCUCAUCACCCUGCUCUCUGCCCUGGCGCUGGCUGGAGGAUCUGCCGGCACUGACCCUGGAAAUGAUGGAUCAGGAGACGGAUCGAUGAUAUUACCCACUUUUACAGCAACACAUCUUCCUGCUACGAGUCCUUUGACAGUGGAUGACCAUGAGCCAGUACUUGUAACUGCAAGCACUACUGAAAGCAGCUUUGACACACAGAGUUCUCCAAGUACUGAACUGAAUGCUGUGAACGAUGAGGACAGCCUAGAAGCAGCAGAACAGUCUAUCUUGAUAUAUGUUGUCCCUGUGGCGCUGCUGGUCCUGCUGGUUUUGUUGAUCACAUUUUUUGUAAUGCAUCAUAAAAGGAAAAAAUCCAAGCAAGAUGAGCUGGGAAGUGAAAAUGUAAAAAGUCCUAUUUUUGAAGAAGACACACCCUCUGUUAUGGAGAUAGAAAUGGAAGAGCUUGAUAAAUGGAUGAACAGCAUGAACAAAAAUGGUGACUGUGAAUGUUUACCUACUGUAAGAGAAGAAGAAAAAGAAUCAAUUGCCAACCCAAGUGAUGGUGAAUCAUGAAGUCCUCACGACACAAAAGAACUGGAUAAAGGGAUGUAGCACACAAGCUCAUCAUUCCUCAGAUACUGGAAGAACUGGAUUUAAAUAUAAUUCAUCUCAAAAGGCCAGAGAAGCAAAUGCUUUUGUUGUGUCCUGCUUUAUAUGGUCUUCAGAAAGGAAACAUCACCAAAGGAAAAAAAGAAAAGGAAAAGAAGAAAAAAAGAAAAGAAAAAAGAAAAGCAUUGUAGCAAGAUUAAGGACUGAUUUAAAUUAUUUUUGCAAUGAGAUUCACCACAAAUCAAGAGAAACCCCUUCUUUACCCCUGCUAAAAGUUCUCAAAGUAGUCCAUAUUUCUGUCUAGUUCUGCAGCUGUGCAUUGUGCAACACUUAAAACCAAUUCUCUUGCAGAUUUGAUUGGUUUCUUUGUUAUGGUUUGGUUUUGUGGGUGUUUGUUUCAGUGUCCAUAAUUCUGGACUGCCCUGGUUUGGUGGAUGUGAAGCUCAUGUCUAUGCAAUGUUUAUUUCUCAAUUUGCUUUUUCUGAACAGUGCACUGAUUUGCACAGGACUGCUGUUGGGGAGGUACUAGGCUAGGACUGACAGACCAGCUCUGAGGACAGACAGCAGCUGAAAAGCCUCUCAAAGGAAUAGCCAGAGGUGACUGCAGCCCAGCCAGGACACAAAGUCUGUAGAGUGCUUUUUGGUUUUCAGAUUAAAAGCCCCUGUAAAAGUGA